CCUGGUCGUUCCCCUUUCCCCCCCUCCCCUGCUCGCACGCGACAUGAGUGAGGAGGCUGCCGCUGAUGCACCCAUUGAUGUGCGGCCGGACGAACAGGCCGCUGACGAAGAACCGCAGGAAGCCGGCGAGCCCCAACCCGAGGAAGCGGAAAUGGAGGAUGCAGCCGCCGCAGAGGAAGAAGCUGGCCAGCCGGAGCCCGACACAGAUGAAGUACACACCACCGCUGAAGUCCAGGAGGUUGUGCACGAGAUCCCUCCGACAGACGAGGCCGCAGAGCAGCCGUCGGCCGUUGUAGAGGAGGAAACACCUGAGGGGAAGGACGAGAUGGUUGAGCAGACAGAAGGGGAGGCCCCCGCGGAAGAAGAGCAGGUCGAGGGCGCUGUUGCAGCUGAGGGAAAUGCCGAAGAGGCUGUCGAUCAAGAACAAACACAGGGGGAGCAAGUCGAUGAGGCCACCCAUGCAGAACAAGAGCAGGAUCAACAAGUUGAAGCGCCUGCUGCUGAGGCUGACAAGACUGAUGAGGCCCCUGCCGCUGAGGCUGGCAAAACUGAUGAGGCCCCUGAUGCUGAGGCUGUUGGUGAGACGCCUGCUGCCGAGCAAACAGCGGAAGGUGAGGAGAAGGAGGCCCCGCCGGUCGAGCUGCAGGAGGGUCAGGGGCACGGUGAUUCGAUACCGGUGGAGGGAGAAAAGGCAGCCGAACCCCUGACAGCUGAUGAGAAGGCUGCCCCAGCUGCAGAGGAGAAGCCUGCUGACGAAGCCCAGCCGCCAAUCGAUGCCGCACAACUAGAGGAGCCCACGACUGAGGAGCGUCAAUCGGUUGUCGUCGAAGAUUCUGCGGCGGCCGUCGGUGAGGCCACGGUCGUGCCGCCGUCCACUGAAGAAGCCCCGACUACCAGAAUGCCGGCAGAGGAACCGUUGAAGGAACAAGAACCGGAACUGCGUGGAGAGGAGAAAGAGGGACCGGCGCCGGCAGCAGCUGAGGAGGAGGUGACCCCAGAGCCAGCGCCGCCGUCUGAGGCGCCAAAGCAGGAGGAGGUGCCAGUCGAGAAGAAGGAGGACGCAUCAGUGCUCGCCGCCUCGUCGGGCAAGAAGGGGCGCGCCAAGCUGAUGGUGGACCUUCAGAGUGAGAGGGAGAGAGAGGGGUCCAAGGCGGCGGAGGAGUCGGCUUACGAUGAGGCGCUGCGGCAGAAUCGCAUGGAGGCGCUCAAUAUUCCCACGGUGGUCGAGGCAUGCCUGGCUGAAGGCACGCUCUUCGAAGACCCCAACUUCACCGAUAGCGACUCCUCCCUAUAUAUCGUAAGACAAAACUGUGAGAGACGGCACAUCCACCAGACCUUUACACCUCUCCUUUGCGCAGGACCCCUCUGACAUCCCCGCCUAUGCGACGGUGGGCGGCGGUGGCGUUACGUCAUGGAAGCGACCAGAGCAGAUCACACGCGGCGCAGUCCUCUUCUCAGAGGACAGACCGGCCUCCGACGUCAAGGCCGGUGAUCUCCCAGACAGGGCCUUCCUGGGCGCAGCAUCGGUGGUGGCGACCAUGCCGGGGCUAGCCACUAACCUGUUCGGGCAUACCGACAACUGGAGGUGAGGGAAGAGCGCCCUCACUGCACGAGAUUGUGGAUCAAUCCGUUUUCGGUCUUUUCAGGGAUGUGGGUUUGAUGUCAUGUCGAUUUUUCCACGAGGGCGACUGGCGUGAGGUGGUCAUCGACACCAAGCUGCCCUUCUGUGACGAGCUGGAGGCCAGACGGCCGGCAUUCGGCCACUGCGAGCGCAAGGAGGAGAUGUGGCUGCCGCUUCUUGAAAAGGCCUACGCCAAGCUGUACGGCUCAUACGAAGCCAUCACCAAACGGUCCGCAUGUCAGCCGAAAAGGGAGACAGACACGCGUGGUGUGUGUAUUCUGUUGCUGCUGCCCCUGCAGUCAGCUCGGUGACAUCUUUGUGGACCUCACCGGCGGCUCGACAGAGAUCUUUGACCUGCGCAACGAAUCGAUCAGGGAGUUGGUCGACAAUGGAGAGCUCUGGCGCGCCCUCCUCACGUGAGCGCACCAACACCAAACCUCCCUCCCUCCGUCCCCCAAUCCUUCGUCCCGUAUCAAUGUGUCUCAGCUGGUUUGAGAGCGGCUGCGUCCUCUCGGGUGUCGCCGAUGGGGAGUUUGACGAUCUUGAUGACGCCGACAGGACGGACGGCAUCUUGCCGGGGCACCCUUAUGGUGUGCUGGAUGUGAUUGAGAUGGAGGGGUUCCAGCUGCUGCGGAUCCGCAACCCCUGGGGCGACGUGGAGUGGCGGGGGGCAUUCAGCGACCACGAUCAGAUGUGGGCCAAACACCCGGACCUCAAGGAGAAGCUCAACUACCAAUUUGGACCUGGUGAGGUACAGACACGAGACAGACAGACACCCAGAAAGAGAGACAUGGCCGGAUUCCCUCCCUGAGUGUGUGUGUGUUUUGCAGAUGGUACCUGGUGGAUGCGUCUGUCCGACUGGGCGGACUCUUUCUCUCGUCUGUAUGUGUGCCGCCUGUUUCCCAAGAAGUAUCACCAGACCGUCCAGACAAGCACGUGGCACCAGCUGACAGCCGCGGGGCCGCCCCGCAUCGGCCAGACGGCUGUGGAGGGCUUGGACCUGGGUCAGACGAUGGCGAGCAGUCUCCACGGCUUGACCUUGGGAGCUACGAUGGGCGGGGCUGCAUCGCCACACAGCCACGCACCUACCGAGUGAGUGGAUGACUUAUGUGUCCGUUGACUGAUUGUUGACUGAUUGGUUGGCUGCAGGCGAUCCCGUUCUGUGUUUCGUGAGGCUGUUGCUGCGGUGGAGGCUGGGCAGACUGAGACCAUGACCGAAGGAGGUGAGACGCAGUACACUCACUCACUCCGUCUCGUGUUUCUGGAUCGUCUCGUCGUGUUUGCGUGCAGGCAUCAGCGCGUGAGCAAGAGAGGCAUGGCUGGCCGUCUCUUGCUGUCGUGCCUCAGUGGAGAUGUGUUUGUGUGUCUUGUGUCUCAGUGGAGAUGCAUUGGGGGCAACCGCGCGCAGCACUGCACUAGUAACCGCCGCGCCUGUUGCGACUGAGGCGGUCAUUGGCGAUCCAGACCCACGGUGACCUUUACACAAUGACACGUGGUUGGCGCCUUGGCUGAUGCUUGAUGUUGUGUGACUCAGGUGGUUCAACAAUCCUCAGUUCCGGUUGACAGUCCAGUCCAGCCGCGCUACGACGAUAUUUGUGUCGCUGAUGCAGUCAGAGGAAAACCCGCCCAUCCCCAUCAACUGCCUCGUGAUGAAGGCCAAGGUCAGCCGGCGCGCCAGCAGACAGACAGCCUGUGAUCGAGCAAUGUCGUGUUGUGCUGUGCUGCAGACUGCAUGUCGUUUGUGGGAGUGCAAUCCGUCUGACAUUCUGGGCACUGCCGUGCCUCUGGACGAGCCCAUCAAAGAGAACAAGCGGGAGGUCAACCACGAGAUCGUCCUGUCGCCAGAGAAGGGUAAUUGGUUGUUGGCAAAUGGGAGACACUCCCCGCGUCUGUGUAUGUGUCUAUUUGCAGGUCAGCACGGGAUAUACCACAUCGUGUGUUAUCAGGACGAGGCCAAACCCGACGUCAAUGUGAGACGCGUUUUCCACCUCAGGCUGUUCAGCUCAGAACCGGUCAGACACACACAACACACCCACCAGCCUCACGCACGAGACAACCACAUCUGCCUCGUCUGUGCAUGUCCAGAUCUACCUGGAGCCAAAGCCGCAGCCGUGGCUCAAGACAUUCAAGGCACGCACCAGACACCACACAGACAGAGACAACCGCCUUUCAAAGUGCGCUUGUCCCUCUCUCUGUCUAUGCUUUGCUCAUCGUCAGAGUGAGUGGGGUCAGCAGUCGGCGGGCGGGCGGCGGCUGAAGAAGCGGGGCGGGGAGGCCAUCCAGUGGUGCACAAACCCACAGUUUGUCCUCAACUUCCAGCGGGCCACUACUCUCAAGAUUGUCUGCGAGCGGGCACUGGGCAAGAGAAGACGAGACGUCCACAAUGUAGGCCACACACUGACAGCACAACACACAGGGAGGGAGGGGUCUUGUGCAUGGAGCUCAGGUGGGGUUUGUGGUGACGCGCCUGUUUGCGAGCACCGACUUGAACCGCCGGAACAAGCCUGCGGCCACGCAAGUGGUGACGUCUUCAGCCAAGCUCAACAAACUGAGUCGGUCCACGGUCACGCUGGAGGAGCGGCCGCCCGAGCUGGGCACGCUGCACAGAAAACUGCAGGUGACGCAAUUCAUGUGGGGGGAAGGAACGUCCGCCCGUCUGUCUGUCUGUCUGUGUGUGUGUCUGUCCGUCUGUCAGAUCUUGUCGACGGACUGGUGGCAGGAGACGUCAUUCUCUCAGGAGGAUGUCGCGUGUAUGCACCUGUCCGUCACGCCACAACAGGUACAUGCGGGCGAGCCAUCGGCUCACUCACUCAUUGAAGGAUGCGGAUGCCUCUUGUGUGCGUGUCGACAGGGCCCUUUGGUGGUGGUGCCGUCGCUGGCUGAGUCUGGCGCCUUGGGGUCGUUCACUCUCAACAUAUUCGCCGACAGACCUCUCAAGGAUGCUGUGCAGCUGGAUGAGUCCAAGAAUGUGGUCCUCUACGGCGGAUGGUACACAUCAUUCUCUGGAGGCAUCGCACAUCCUCUCUGUGUUGGCAUUCGGUAUUCAGGACGGCCGAGACGGCCGGAGGCUGCCACCUGUUCCACCCGCCCUAUGAGACACAACGUGGGAAGGCACCAUAUGAGAGCUCAUCCGUGACGAUAUGCGUGUGUGUGUCUCUUUGCCUUGCGUGCAGCCAAGCUGCAGACGUGGCAGAAGAACCCGAAGUACACACUCCAUGUCACCGCGGUAUGUCAGCAUCGCACAGUAGGGAGAAGAAGGGAUGGGACAUGGAAGCAUGCCUUGCUGAGUGUGGACUUGCAGAGCAUCACUGCCCACGUCACACUCGCCAGGCUCGACAAGGCAUGGCGAAAGACAGUGGCACAGGCAAGAAGAAGACUCACAGACAGAGACAGGGGCUCACCUCCUAGGGUGUAGUGCAUCAGAGUGUGUGUGGUUGGCUGCCAACAGGAUCCCGUCGGUGCGAUGAUGGGCUUCUACAUCCUUCGCGGCGACCACAUUGAGAUGACCAACGUCAUUUCUGAGACACCAUACUUGCCUGGAAACGAAGUCGCCAUGGUCAGGCAGGAAAGACCAGUCUCUUCUGUGUGCAGCAGAUGAACGCUAACGCUUCCUCUCGUUUACCCCUUUAACUUGUGUGCAGGAGCUCCAGUUGGAGCCCACAGACGAUGACGAGCCCUACAUCAUUAUGCCCACCACAUAUGAGGUGAGCGGUGCGUUUGAGAUGGUCUGGCGUGAACCGCGGUGCAUAUCAUGUCUCUGUGUCUCUGUAUUUGUAUGCGUGUGCUCGUCCAGCCCAACAAGGUAGGCGAGUUCAUAGUCCGUGUGUCGGCCAACAAGCCCAAGUUUGAGCUCCACAAACUCAUCGAGGACCACUCAUGAGAACCAUACACACACGCACACACACGCAUUCAUGUGAACUGAUGCUAUUCUCUCUGCCAAUGAAGUAUGGACUCCUGUUGCUCUACUUGCUAUGUGGAGACACAUCCCAUGCGUGUGGUAUCGUGAAAAUUCAAC